GAUGCCGAGAAGAACUACAAGCCCAAAUCGCUAGGCUUCUGGUCCAUCAUCCUUGGCUUGUAUCUGACGGUCUUCAUUAUCGCACUUGACCGCCUCAUCAUCGCGACCGCGAUUCCCAAAAUCACCGACGAGUUUCACGCGACAGGCGACAUUGGCUGGUAUGGCAGCGCCUACAUGCUGCCAGCCGCGUGCUUCAACCCGGUGUCUGGCCGCGUCUACCAGAUGUACGGCACCAAGGUUGUGUUUACACUGUCGCUUGUCUUGUUCGAGAUUGGCUCGGCCGUGUGUGGCGCCGCCCCCAGCUCGAUCGCCUUCAUUCUUGGCCGUGCCAUCGCAGGCACGGGGUCAGCCUUUCUGCAGUCAGGCACCAUGCUCUUGCUUCUGCCAAUCGUGCCCCUCCGAAAGAGGCCCAUGUUCAUGGCUGGGUUUGGCAUCGUUUUUGCCCUCGCGUCGGUCAUUGGGCCUUUGCUGGGCGGGAGCUUGACAGACAAAGUGACAUGGAGGUGGUGCUUUUACAUCAACCUGCCGGUUGGCGCCUUCGUCUUCCUCGCCAUGAUCUUCUUCUUCCCCAACGAUGCCCGCACCACCCCAAGCACCGUAGCUUCAGCAACCAACGUACCACCAACGACCCGAAGCCCGUUCAUCGAGCACUUUCUCAACCUCGACCCGCUGGGCAUCCUGUGCCUCGUGCCCUCGAUCAUCAGCCUCAUCCUCGCGCUGCAGUGGGGCGGCUCGACCGACGCCUGGUCCUCGCCCAAGAUCGUCGGCCUGCUGGUGACCUUUGCGGUGCUUCUCGUGGCCUUUGUCCUCGUCGAGACCGUCGUCAACCCGUCGCGGGCCUUUAUCCCGAUGCGCAUCGUCACGCAGCGCAGCAUCGCCGGCGCCAUGUGCUUCGUCUUCUGCAUCGCCGGCUCGAUGAUGGCCGUCGUGUACUACCUCUCGAUCUGGUUCCAGGCCGUGCAGGGCAACUCGGCGAUCGACUCGGGCCUGCACACGCUGCCGAUCGUGGUGGCGCUCGUGGUGAGCAGCAUCGCGGGCGCCGUCGCGACGCAGAAGAUUGGGUACUACACCCCCGCCAUGCUGCUGACCCCCGUGCUCGCGAGCAUCGGCGCGGGCCUUCUCUCCCUGCUCACCCCUUCCUCGGGCGAGGGCCAGUGGCUCGGGUUCCAGGUCCUUUACGGCCUGGGCUUGGGCAUGGGCCUGCAGGCGCCGAGCCUGGUCCCCCAGACGGUCCUCGCGCGCGCGGACGUGCCUAUCGGUGUGGCCCUCACCUUCUUCAUGCAGCAGCUCGGCGGGGCCGUCUUCAUCGCCGUCGCGCAGAACAUCUUUGCCGGCGAGAUUGUCGAGCGGCUCAGCGGGGUCAGCGGGCUGGACCCGGCCCUGAUUGUGGGCACGGGCGCCACGGAUAUCCGCCAGGUGGUCAAGCCGGAGCAGCUGGACCUCGUGGUGGACGCGUAUAGCUACGGCUUGACCCGGUGCUUCGUCAUGGCGGCGGCGUUCAGUGCCGCGGGCAUGCUUGCAGCGCUGUGUGUCGAGUGGAGGACGAUCAAUGCGAAGAAGGGCGGCAAGGGCGGCGAUGGUGGUGAGGCGACUGUGGUCGAAGAG